AUGCUCUCCGCAUUCACAGCUCGGCCGCUCGUCGAGCUCAAACCGCGAGACAAGUCGCGGAUCGAAUCCGUCCUCGCAUACGGCGACCGCGUCCUUGUCGGAUUGAACAACGGAAGCUUACGAAUAUACCGAGUUAACGAAGUCGAUGUCGACGCCGAACACGAUGCCACGGAGAACAACGGUAACGGAUACGGUCAUGACGCAGGGCCAGGGAACGGCGGGAGUCGGCCGCCCACGCAGAAUGGGAACGGGGAUAAUACAAUGACGAAAGCGAAACAGACGGAUCUACUGCGGGAAAUGGAGAAGUUCUCCAGGUACAAGAUUGAGCAGCUGGCGUUGAUCAAGGAGGCGAAGCUGCUGGUCUCCUUGUCGGGCGGAUACGUAUCCAUUCACGAUUUGCAGAACUACCAGCUUCAGGAGCAGCUUACACGGACGAAAGGCGCUGUCGCGUUUGCUGUGACAUCGAAUAUUGUCAAUGACCCCGAAACCGGUGUUCCCUCGAUCGUGUCGCGGCUCGCGGUGGCGGUUAAGAGGAAGAUACUGCUGUGGUCGUGGAGGGAUAUGGAGCUCGACAAUGAUACCGCGGAGUUGACGCUAGUCAGUGGUAUCAAGACGCUUACGUGGGUCUCCGGGACAAGGCUGGUGGCUGGAUUAAGCUCAAAUUUUGUGCUGGUGGACAUUGAGACGAAGACCGUUACAGACUUAGUCGGGCCGGGGAGCAUUGGAGGCCUAGGGGGACAGGAAACAGGUCGACUUGCGGGUGUUGGAGUCGCCAGUAUGAGUUAUAUAGGGAUCGGUGGUGCUGCGCCGAAACCGCUGGCUACGCGACUAAGCGAGGGACAGGUGUUGCUGGCUAAGGAUAUCAAUACGCAGUUUACGGAUAUCGAUGGCAACUCGCUUGGUCGACGACAGAUCCCGUGGAGUAGCGCGCCGGCCGACAUUGGGUAUUCGUAUCCUUUCUUACUUGCGCUGCAUGAUUCUUCCAAAGGGAUCUUGGAGGUUCGGAACCCCGAGACGCUGUCGCUGCUUCAAUCCAUUUCGUUACCAUCGGCGAGCACUAUGCACAUAGGCCAACCUACGAUAAGUCUUGCGCAUGCCGGUAAAGGUUUCCUGGUCGCAAGCGACCGCAUUAUAUGGAGGAUGGAAGCGCUUGGUUACGACAGCCAGAUUGACUCGCUUGUUGAGAAAGGAUAUCUCGAUGAAGCUAUAAGUCUUGCGGGUAUGCUUGAAGACGCACUGCUUAAGGACAAGGCAGGCCGAAUAAGGGAGAUCAAACUCGAAAAGGCACAGGGACUAUUCAGCCUGCGGAGGUACCUUGAGUCGCUGGAGCUGUUUACAGAAGUAUCGGCGCCGCCAGAGAUUGUUAUACGACUCUACCCUAGGGUCAUUGCGGGCGACCUCACCUCUGUCAACGAAGAAGACGAGCUGGAAAGGACUGCGACAGAAAACCAACCUAAAUUUCCUGACGGUCAAGCUCCCGCCGAAGAAGAUACCUCUGAGGAAACCACUCCCGUAAAGGCUCUGGAUCACACUCCGUCCAUGAUGUCCUUUCUUCGGAGUCGAGAUGAAGGAAGUGGCAGCGAUUCAGGCAGUAUCCGUGGGAAGCCGGAGGAAGCCCGCUUAGAGAAAGCUCUUACUGGAAAGGAUCUUAACCUUGCAGUUCGCGAGUUGCAGGCAUACCUGGCCGAUGUUCGGAGGCGAUUCCAGCGGUUCCUGAAUCCUGAUGGUUCACUCAAGCUUGACCCGCAAACAGAUGGAGCAAACGAUGAGUACACAGAUUCUGUGAUGAAGUUACUCGACAUAACGCAGGACGAAGAGGACUACGAUUUUGGGGAGAAACUUCGCGAGAAAGCAAGACUCGUCGAUACGUCGCUGUUCAGAGUAUACAUGUACGCCACACCAUCCCUAGCAGGCUCACUCUUCCGCAUCGCCAAUUUCUGCGAUCCGGAGGUGGUAAUGGAAAAGCUCGAGGAGACAGGCCGCCACAACGACCUCAUCGACUUUCUAUACGGAAAGAAGAUGCACUGCCAGGCUCUUGAGCUUCUCAGAAAGUUCGGCCAGUCUGAAUCGGAAGAGGAAACGGCGCCACAGCUCCACGGACCCAAGAGGAUGGUCGCUUAUCUGCAGCAUUUGUCUCCGGAGCAUAUCGACCUGAUUCUUGAAUUCUCUGAGUGGCCUGUUAAGGAAGACCCCGACCUUGGCAUGGAGAUCUUCCUUGCGGAUACGGAAAAUGCGGAAACGCUGCCCAGACACAGAGUGCUUGAUUUCCUGCAAGGGAUUGAUGUCAAGCUAGCUGUUCGGUAUCUUGAGCAUGUCAUUGGAGAAUUGAAUGACUUGACUCCGGACCUGCAUCAAAGGCUUGCUGUUCUGUAUCUGGAUCGGCUGCAGAAACACCAGGGCAACGAGGAUGAGUUUUCGAGCGAGGAAGACUAUCAAGAGUGGCGGGAAAAGUUCAUCACGAUGUUGAGGUCGAGCGAUCAGUAUUCGCCGUCUAAGAUUCUGGGUCGUUUAGAUCGUGAUGAUCCAGAGUUUUACGAAGCUCGCGCAAUACUUUUUAGCAAGAUGGGCCAACACAGACAAGCACUGGAGAUUUACGUCUUCAAAUUAGAAGACUAUGUCAAAGCAGAAGAAUACUGCAACCACCUUCACAGGACAGAAGAUACACCAACGCCGAGCAGACCGGCUACAGAGUAUUCCGCACUUGCUCCCUCGGACGAUGAACCCUCCAUCUAUCACACAUUGCUUUCCUUGUAUUUGACCCCGCCUCACGGGUACAAGCCACAAUAUGCCCCAGCCCUUGAACUCCUAGCCAAGCAUGGAUCCCGGUUGCCCGCCAACUCUGCGUUAGAGUUAAUUCCUGAAUCUCUCCCGGUCCGUGAGCUCGAGUUCUACUUCAAAGGCCGCAUGCGUGCAGCCACUACAAUCUUGAAUGAGAGCCACAUCACGGCCAACCUGCUGAAGGUCCAAACCAUUAAAACACGCGCGCAGCUGCUAGUUGGCGAAGGUACGGACGGGAGAUCGUCGAGAUCAAGGCAUGUCACUGUCACCGAAGAACGGGUGUGCAGCGUCUGUCACAAGCGAAUUGGUGGUAGUGUGAUAAACGUGUUCCCCGAUAAUACUGUUGUACAUCUAGGCUGUGCCAGCCGCAUGUCGUCUUCUUCAUGA